AUGCCUUGUCUAGGAGCUAGAAAGAAAUCAUCUAAUAUUCAAAGCCAAAGCCAUGCCGGUGAUAUCAGAAGCGGUAAUGUUUCCGUCCAUCCUGCUGAUCUCGAUCAGUUAAAAAGGGAAAAUGCCGAACUAAAAUCAAAAAACAAAGAGAAUUUGGCUAUCAUUGCUAAACAAGCAGCAGAAAUUGAUGAUCUAAAAGAAAAAUUGCAUGCGUCCAUACUCUCCAGUAAAGAUGCUGUUGAUCAUGAAAGCAAGACGGAUGUUGCUUCCAUCCUUUCUUCCGACAAAGCUAUCACAGAUGAAAAGCACAUCAGUCAAACACAGCAAUCAGAACAUACAAUGACAAAGGAAAUUGACGAAGAUGAAGUUCUAUCACUUUCAGUCAGAGAAAAUUCUGUUAAUAACACUAUAGCCAAAAGCUCAAUGGCAAACAAUAAAGAAGAAAGCCUUCGCCAAUUAUUGUUAGAGAAAGAUAGUCUUCUUGAAAAGAAGCAAUUGGAGUUGGAACAAUAUAAACAGCAAUGGGAGAUAGAAAGAGCCGAACUUACAAAACCCGCUUUGGAGCAGGUCACCAAGCAGCUUGAAGAGUUAAGAGAUACUAAUAAGUUGGUAACUGAGAGAUUGAACGAAAAGGAAAAUGAACUUGCAGAGCUUCGCUCUGAACUGAACCGUAGAGAAAGAAAACCCAAGCAAUCCUUAUCGAAAGACGAAGAGAAUCAAAGACGUCUGAAUAGAUUGACAGUGGACUUGGAGAACGACCGUCUUUUAAUGCAGAGACUAAAUGAUCUAAAUCAGCAGUUAGAGGCACAAAAGAAAAAACAUGAAACUGUAUUAGAGGCACAUGCAAAAGUAUUGGCUGAAAAAGAACAAGCCCUUCUCCAAAAACAAAAGACCAUCAAAGAGCUCAAAAUUAGCAAAGAAAACGAUGCCAAAACAUUAGAGCAAGAACAUAUGCAUCGUCUCAAAAAGCUUCAACUACAACAUGAAACAGACAUGGAAGAGUUAAAAGUGCGAUUAAAGAAAGCAGAAAAUAAAGCAAGAAUGAAUGUAGACAAUGAAUUAGACAUGAUUCUUAUUGAGUUUGAACAAUCCCAACAUAACCAUUCGAUGCAAGUCGCACAGCUACAGAAGUCAUAUGAGGAUCAAAUCUCUGCUAUGAAACUUGGCAGGGACUCAACUUCAUUACCAGUGUCACCUUCGACCUCUACUAAUAUCACUGCAAGUACAACAGAUAGAUAUUCCUCUAACCAGCAGAAAACAGGCACAAUAUCUAAAUUAAAGAAUAAUUCCAAGUUUGUUUGGCCGCCUGUUGCUUGA